GACCGGCUUCACUCUCACAAGAAGCAUAUGGCCACCGAUUUUACCACCAAUUUUCUCCGAUUUAUCGUUUCCGAUUUCCCCACUUCUUCUCCGAUUAGUCGCCGCCUUUCUGUUCCGGGAUCUUCUUAAGAGUUUUGAAGAUGGGUGAUGCAAUUGAUUUAACUGGGGAUGGAGGUGUCAUCAAGACAAUUGUAAGACAAGCAAAAGCUGAUGCAAUUUCUCCCUCAGACGAUCUUCCUGUUGUUGAUGUUCAUUAUGAGGGUACACUUGAAGAAACUGGUGAAGUUUUUGAUACUACGCGCGAAGAUAAUUCAAUUUUCUCAUUUGAAGUUGGAACAGGAUCUGUAAUCAAGGCGUGGGACAUUGCUUUAAAGACCAUGAAGGUUGGGGAAGUUGCAAAAAUAAUUUGCAAGUCAGAUUAUGCUUAUGGAAGUGGUGGAUCUCCACCAGAGAUUCCUCCAAAUGCAACCCUAAUUUUUGAGGUGGAGUUGAUGGCCUGCAAGCCAAGAAAAGGCUCUAGUAUGAAUAGUGUUUCAGAGGAUAGAGCAAGGCUUGAUGAGCUGAAGAAGCAAAGGGAGCUUGCUGCUACUGUAAAAGAGGAAGAAAAGAAGAAAAGAGAAGACGCGAAAGCUGCUGCAGCUGCACGCAUUCAAGCCAAACUCGAAUCUAAGAAAGGGAAAGGAAAAGGAAAAUCAAAGUAAGGUUUUAUCGCAAUUGCACUUGUGAAAAUAUUACAUUUGAUUGAAAAUACAAAAACUCAUCUGUAAUAUUAUUGUGUGAGAUUGACUUGGACAUGAUGGUCAAUUUUGAAAUUUAUUCGUUGUCUUUUGUUCCUUA